GUACUCUUGUAUCUUAUAAUCAUAAACGUUCUCUCUCUCCCCUUAACAAGCGUUUUAAAUGGACUGGUCAUAUUCGCCGUCAAAAAUAAACCACGCCUGAAAACCACGAGCAACGUUGCACUCGCUUGUUUAGCGACAACCGAUUGUGUGAUGGGAGUGAUUGGACAACCCUUUUUCGCCGUACAACUGGCAGUACUGUUACAGGGAGAGGGAUCAAGCUCGUACUGCACGCUAUUAGCAACGUCGGUAAACGUUGUACGGGUGUUGGGCGUAGCUUCAUUUCUUCAUAUAACCGUCAUGAACAUAGAAAGAUACAUUGCUAUAAAGCACUCGCUGAAGUACAAGACCCUGGUCACCAGAGGUCGUUUACUCCGUGGGUCCGCAUUCGCGUGGGUUGUUUCAUUCUUGCCAACAGUACCUUUGAGUUUCACAAACAACGAUAUUUACCUGGUGGUUAGCAAUACGACGGGCUGCUUAUGCAUGGCGAUUAUUACUUUCUGUCAAAUUGUGAUUCUGCAGGAGACUCGAAGUCUUAGAAAGCGAAUCGCAGUCCUUCAUGUUUCACCGGAAGAAAGGCAAAAGUUUUUAAAGGACAAAAGAGCUUUUCAGCUAACAACGAUUGUACUUUUUGUCUUAGUAUUGACAUAUUCACCAAUGUUUGUUGUACGAAUACUCAUAACCAAUUCUAUCAUAUACUCAAAAAAUGUGUCAUAUAUUUCUUUAAUGUCAGCUAUUUUCGCAUGCAUUCUAAACUCGCUUAUCAACCCAAUAAUCUACUGCAUUAGAAUAAGAGAGUUUCGCGUAGCCUUUAUUAAAAUACUCUGCAGAAGAAGAAUAAGUGUACAAGAUGAUAACACUCAAAUUCGAACCUUUGGAACACUAAGCAAUGCAGCACCGCUCGAAACGCAAAGCACAAAAACAGAAACAACAGCAUGACUGUGAACUGAUCAAGAGACAGGAAUAACAGUAAUAGCGGCUAUGGAAGCAAAUGAAACAACAUCAAACAACAUAUGGCGACUCAGAUGCUACUUGUAAAUAAGAUGAACAAACCACACCAUCAGCACUACUUGAUAAAAAAUACUAUAAAUUUGCCAAAUGAAUCUUUUAGUUAAUAACGAUUUCAGUUCACCUUUUAACUGAAACGUUUGCAACCAUCUCUGUUGAAAAAAUUAUAACUUCGUCCACCACCCUCGAAUAUUUACUUCUCUGAUAAUGAAUUGUCAACUGAUGGUCUACUAAAUUACUUUCACUUGAAAACAAUCUAUUCAGUUGGCGGAGGUUUCAAUUUCGUUUUUUUUUUUUCGAGUUUUAAUAUAAUAUAAUCUAUUAUAAUAACGUUUGCGUCGAUUUUUGGAUAAGACGCAACUCCCUGCCAAAGCGAUUAUGUCAUGGAAAAAUUAAUUUCCCAGCCACUUUUUCUAUCUGGAUAAAGCUAACGAACCCAGAUAAAUAAGAUAAUUGAAGUAGAUAAACUUCGAUCACCCAGAAACCAAUUUGGGCAUCUAUAGAGUACAAAUUUCAAAACUCUGAGCAACAAUUUAAAACAAAAUCAAACCGCUCGAACUUUAUCCGGCGAACUUCAUCAGCGACAUAAAAUGUCAGAUUACGACGUAACAGAAAGGCUACGUAUUCCCAGGAGAGAAUUGUAUAUGGCCGGGAGGUCCACACCCUCGUCUCUUUUCUUUGCUUGGUGGCGACGGCGGACUCCUUGACGCGGCGCUUGAUUGUGUAAUUUUCCUCUAGAAAACUUUAACAUUGUGUGGAUGGAUGUUAUGACUCGUUGCCCGGCAACGCUCGAAAACGGCAGAAGUUUCUGUUACGUAACGUGACAUUUUACAUCGCUGAUGAAGUUCGAGCGAUUCGAACGAAAUAUUCAGUUUUGUUUUUAAUUGUUGCUCUGAGUUUUAAAAUUUGUAUACUAAAUUGAUUUGUUAAAGCAGAUAAAAAACCUCUUUGAUCAAUUUAGGCAUCGUCCAUACAUAUCCGGAUUUUUUAAAUCUAGACAUUUUGUUUCGAAUUUUAACUUUAGUUUAAUCUGGUUUAAUCCACGCGUAUCCGAUGAAUACGGUCAAAGAAUCCGCAACAUCUUUUUAAAAAGCUUUCCAGAACGGAAAGUUUUCAAAGCACUAGUUUGCCUGAGUUGUGUGAACACCUGGUGGGCAGAUAAAAACGGAACUUUUAGAAAACGAUGAUGCUACAGUAUCACUGACAUCGCAUAGCAUGAAAAUGUUUCACUGCCAUCUUGCUUUUGCACACAUGCAGCGUAAGUUAGUUUUUUUCCUUUGCGGUAAAAUAUUCAAAAUUGUUACUUCAGAAUGCAACUUAACCGGUAACUGAGGAUUUCUUUCACCUCUUUUACUGUUUUUAAUCUUUCUAUUAACAAUAAAAAAUAUUCAAACGGACAAAAGCGAAAGAUUUACGCGUAUGCUUCAACAUUCUUUAAUUAGCAAUGAACUGCCUCACUGCCUAACUUGGCCAAUAUUUUCUAAAUUGAUUUAAACUCCUUACUUUGAUGAUUGUUCACCUUGACACAGCUCUAAAUCUAAAUUUUCCAGACAAUGACAAUCGGCUCCUGACAAUGAUUAUUUGCGGACGAGACAACAAAAUUUGCAUAUUCAUUAAAUUCUUGGUCGAAAAAAGAUGUAUUUUUGGAUUUUUGAGUAAAAAGAAACUUUAUACGAAACCUAAGACAAACGGAAUUUAAUUUGUUUUUCUUCCAACAGUGUAUCGCUGACAAAGUGAAUCUCACUUUCUGUCUUUUUUUGUGGUAGCUUUUAUCUGUAAUUUAUGAUGCAAGUCGGCUUUUUACCGUAUUUUAAAUUGCUGUUCGCAACAAAGUGUUUCCGCUGAAAGAGCUAUUCUCGCGAACCCUUAAGAUCAUCACUUGAGUCCCGCUAAACAAAAAAUUAGUUUUUUCUUUCUUUUGGAACUGUCAGCUUAUUAUCAAACAUGUCACGGCGCGACGAAACAGAAUAUUCUCACACGGAACAUAUUUUUCGAGUGUUCUUGCUUAGACCAUACCCACAUCGGCUUCCCAUCACCCAAGCUACCCAUUUUUGUUUUAGGAAAACGUAAAAAGAAGGUAAACUAGGAGCGCAACUGUCUUGCGGCAUGUUAUGAUAACUAACACAUUUUGUAUUAAGAAGGUUUACGGCAUUGGAAAUAGAUGGAAGCUACGCAUUUUGUAAUCGGGGCUACAUUAUGAAAUAAUCGUAGGCAUGCGCAUUGCAGAGAAACAAUGUUAUUUAAUUCACGGCAAGUAGACCUUAAUGCACUUUUAAAGCUUAUGAGUAUUACAUGAUUUCAAAUUUGAAAAGACACCAGGCAAAAAGAGCACAACACAUGACCAAACUAAAUGAAGUAUUUGACAAAAGGCCGGUAAGUAUUUUAAUACUUAAAAACAGGCCUUUUUUAAAAGUCGAACUUCAUUCACAUAUGCCGAAUCUAAUGCAAAGGAGCAAGAACAAUUUCCUUCAUUAGCAUUAAAUCUGGCACGUGUAAACUUCGACGUUUCAAACGGCGGCCUCUUGUCAAGCACUUCAAUAAAUGAUGUUCAAAGCAGAGUUAAAUCAAGUUUCCAACGAAAUGUAUUAUCUAGCGGAUCGAGUAAUCUUGAGUUUAACACAGACCGGACGACGCGUUCCUCCUGUCCAAACAAGACUAAAAGAACUUUAAACCAGACAAGGAACUAAAGAUGAACCGAAGCGCGACUUUCCACACCGACGAGAAAGCCUCAGACUGCGAUCUUUCCAUUUUCUUGGGAGGGAGUUUAAACGAAAGUACUAGAAAGGCAUAUACGGUACUCUUGUGCCUAAUAAUCUUAAACUUUCUCUCUCUCCCCUUAACAAGCGUUUUAAAUGGACUGGUCAUAAUCACCGUGAAAACUAAACCACGCCUAAAAACCACGAGCAACGUUGCACUCGCGUGUUUAGCGACAACCGAUUGUGUGAUGGGAGUGAUUGGACAGCCCUUUUUCGCCGUACAACUGGCAGUACUGUUACAGGGAGAGAGUUCAAGCUCGUACUGCACGCUAUUAGCAGCGUCGGUAAACGUUAUCAGGGUGUUGGGCGCAGCUACAUUUCUUCACCUAACAGUUAUUAACAUAGAAAGAUAUAUUGCUAUCAAGCACUCGCUGAAGUACAAGAUCCUAGUCACUAGAGGUCGUUUAUUCCGUGGGUCCGCUUUCGUGUGGGUUGUUUCAUUUCUCCUAACAGUACCUCUGAGUUUCGUAGACAACGAAAUUUACUUGGUUGUCAACAAUAUGACGGGCUGCGUAUGGGUGGCUAUCGUUACUUUCUGUCAAAUCGUAAUUCUCCAGGAGACUCGAACUCUGAAAAAGCGAAUCGCAGCCCAUCAAAUUUCACUGGAAGACAGGAAAAAGUUUUUAAAGGACAAGAGAGCUUUUCAGCUCACAACAAUUAUACUUUUUGCCUUGGUGUUGACAUUUUUACCCACGAUUGUUGUUCGAAUACUCAUAACAAAUUCUAUCAUACACUCGUUAACUGUGUCAUAUAUUUCUUUAAUGUCAGCAAUUUUUUUGGGCAUUCUUAACUCGCUCAUCAACCCAAUUAUUUACUGCAUUAGAAUAAGAGAGUUUCGCGUAGCUUUUAUUGAAAUACUUAAAAGAUACACAACUGCACAAGUCGUAGAACACUGAACAAUGCAACACCGCCGCUCGAAACGCGAAGCAAACGAAAAGAAACAACUGUACGAAAGUGAACAGAUAAAGACUGAGACAGAAAUAAUAAUGUUAUCGGCUAUGGAGGCGAAGACAAAAUCAGUUAACGUAAGGCAGCUGACAUAGCCAUAUGAAUCUUCGUUAAUUAAUAACGAUUAUAAUUUCGAGUUAAAUAAAUUCGUCCAUCGCCCUCGAGUAUACAUUUCUCUGAUAAUGAAUUGUCAACAGAUGGUCUACUAAAUUGCUUUCUUAUGAACAAAAUCUAUUCAGUUGACGGAGGUUUUAACCUUCCAAUUUAUUCAUUCACCAGUGGAAUCUUGAGUGUACGCUUGCCCUGGCUUGACCGUAAGUACGUAAACUUCGAUCAGCAAGAUAAUUCAAGUAACCAAUUUAGUUAUCUAGUAUACAAAUUUCAAAACUCAGCGCAAGAAUUUAAACAAAAUCGAAUAUUUCGUUCGAAUCGCUCGAACUUCAUCCGGGGAACUUCAUUAGCCAUAUAAAAUGUCAGAUUACGUCACAGAAAGGUUACGUAUUCCCAGGAGAGGAUUGUAUAUGGUAGCCUGAGUAUCAGGCCUUCCUAAGGGGCUAGGGAAGAGGAGAUUUUAGAUGGGGGGAGGGGGGAGGGGGAGAAGAGAAAGGCUAUGUAUAUGGCCAGGAGGUCCACACCCUCGUCCCUUUCCUUUGCUUAAUGGCGAUGGCCGCCUCCUUGACGCGGCGCUUGAUGGUGUAAUUUUCCUCAGAUAGAACGUUAACAUUGUGUGAGUUGAUGUUAUGACCCGUUGCCCGGCAACGCUCGAAAACGGCAGAAGUUUCUGUUACGUAACGUGACAUUUUACAUCGCUGAUGAAGUUCGAGCGAUUCGAACGAAAUAUUCAGUUUUGUUUUUAAUUGUUGCUCUGAGUUUUAAAAUUUGUAUACUAAAUUGAUUUGUUAAAGCAGAUAAAAAACCUUUGAUCAAUUUAGGCAUCGUCCAUACAUAUCCGGAUUUUUUAAAUCUAGACAUUUUGUUACGAAUUUUAACUUUAGUUUAAUCUGGUUUAAUCCACGCGUAUCCGAUGAAUACGGUCAAAGAAUCCGCAACAUCUUUUUAAAAAGCUUUCCAGAACGGAAAGUUUUCAAAGCACUAGUUUGCCUGAGUUGUGUGAACACCUGGUGGGCAGAUAAAAACGGAACUUUUAGAAAACGAUGAUGCUACAGUAUCACUGACAUUGCAUAGCAUGAAAAUGUUUCACUGCCAUCUUGCUUUUGCACACAUGCAGCGUAAGUUAGUUUUUUUCCUUUGCGGUAAAAUAUUCAAAAUUGUUACUUCAGAAUGCAACUUAACCGGUAACUGAGGAUUUCUUUCACCUCUUUUACUGUUUUUAAUCUUUCUAUUAACAAUAAAAAAUAUUCAAACGGACAAAAGCGAAAGAUUUACGCGUAUGCUUCAACAUUCUUUAAUUAGCAAUGAACUGCCUCACUGCCUAACUUGGCCAAUAUUUUCUAAAUUGAUUUAAACUCCUUACUUUGAUGAUUGUUCACCUUGACACAGCUCUAAAUCUAAAUUUUCCAGACAAUGACAAUCGGCUCCUGACAAUGAUUAUUUGCGGAUGAGACAACAAAAUUUGCAUAUUCAUUAAAUUCUUGAUCGAAAAAAGAUGUAUUUUUGGAUUUUUGAGUAAAAAGAAACUUUAUACGAAACCUAAGACAAAUGAAAUUUAAUUUGUUUUUCUUCCAAUAGUGCAUCGCUGACAAAUCUCACUUUCUGUCUUUUUUUGUGGUAGCUUUUAUCUGUAAUUUAUGAUGCAAGUCGGCUUUUUACCGUAUUUUAAAUUGCUGUUCGCAACAAAGUGUUUCCGCUGAAAGAGCUAUUCUCGCGGACCCUUAAGAUCAUCACUUGAGUCUCGCUAAACACAAAAUUAGUUUUUUCUUUCUUUCGGAAUUGUCAGCUUAUUAUCAAACACGUCACGGCGCGACGAAACAGAACAUUCUCACACGGAACAUAUUUUUCGAGUUUCUUGCUUAGACCAUGCCCACAUUUCGCUUCACAUCACCCAAGCUACCCAUUUUUGUUUUAGGAAAAUGUAAAAAGAAGGUAAGCUAGGAGCGCAACUGUCUUGCAGCAUUUUAUGAUAACUAACACAUUUUGUAUUAAGAAGGUUUACGGCAUUGGAAAUAGAUGGAAGCUACGCAUUUUGUAAUCAGGGCUACAUUAUGAAAUAAUCGUAGGCAUGCGCAUUGCAGAGAAACAAUGUUAUUUAAUUCACGGCAAGUAGACCUUAAUGCACUUUUAAAGCUUAUGAGUAUUACAUGAUUUCAAAUUUGAAAAGACACCAGGCAAAAAGAGCACAACACAUGACCAAACUAAAUGAAGUAUUUGACAAAAGGCCGGUAAGUAUUUUAAUACUUAAAAACAGGCCUUUUUUAAAAGUCGAACUUCAUUCACAUAUGCCGAAUCUAAUGCAAAGGAGCAAGAACAAUUUCCUUCAUUAGCAUUAAAUCUGGCACGUGUAAACUUCGACGUUUCAAACGGCGGCCUCUUGUCAAGCACUUCAAUAAAUGAUGUUCAAAGCAGAGUUAAAUCAAGUUUCCAACGAAAUGUAUUAUCUAGCGGAUCGAGUAAUCUUGAGUUUAACACAGACCGGACGACGCGUUCCUCCUGUCCAAACAAGACUAAAAGAACUUUAAACCAGACAAGGAACUAAAGAUGAACCGAAGCGCGACUUUCCACACCGACGAGAAAGCCUCAGACUGCGAUCUUUCCAUUUUCUUGGGAGGGAGUUUAAACGAAAGUACUAGAAAGGCAUAUACGGUACUCUUGUGCCUAAUAAUCUUAAACUUUCUCUCUCUCCCCUUAACAAGCGUUUUAAAUGGACUGGUCAUAAUCACCGUGAAAACUAAACCACGCCUAAAAACCACGAGCAAC